AUGCAGCUCCUACCCGUCGCCCUACUCCUCGGAGCCCUAGCCGCUCCCACCGCCAGCGAGUCUUUCAAUCCCCUCAACCACCUCGCUGGCAUAGCUCCCUACCGCACCAUCAACGACCCCCCAUUAGAAUCCGCCCCUCCACAGGGAUGCAAUGUAACAAAAGCCGCGUACCUAAUCCGGCACGCAGCGAUCUAUGCCAACGAUUUCGAUUAUGAAAGCUAUCUCGAGCCUUUUGUGGAAAAGCUCCGCAACACAACCCAGGACUGGUCAAAAACGACAGACCUCAAGUUCCUGGCGAAUUGGACCGCUCCUGUUGACGAAGAGCAUCUCGAAAAAGUCACCAAGGUCGGAUACAAGGAAGCUGUGGAGUUGGGCGUUAACUUCCGAACCCGCUAUGCUAGUCUACCCCAUCCGAGCAAAGUCUGGUCAUCUUCAGCAGAUAGAACGACUAAGACCGCCGCCGGGUUUAUUGAGGGCUACACACUCAACAAAACCGCCGGGAUGGAUCUUGUGGAAGUGAAAGAAAAGAAGGAUACAGGUGUGGACUCGCUCACCCCUUACAAAAGCUGUCCCGCGUAUAGUGGGAGCUACGGCAGUGAUCAGUCCCAGCACCUAACAGGAGUAAAUCAGGAAUGGGUAGAGAAGUACACCGCACCCAUCAAGGAAAGGCUUAAUGCCCAGGCCCCCAAUUUCAACUUCACCACUUCCGACAUUGUGAGCAUGUUCGAGUUCUGCGGCUACGAAACCGUCAUUCGGGGUGACUCGCCUUUCUGUGCCACUACUCUGUUUUCCUCGAAUGACUGGCUCGCCUUCGAAUACGGUGAGGAUAUCACGUACUUCCAUAACGUGGGGUAUGGCAACUACGCAUCGCCAAGAAUCGGGUUUCCCUGGGUCAAUGCUAGCUUUAAUAUCCUUUCUUCCAACUCCAGCCAAGAUGUUUAUGUCUCCUUCACGCACCGCGAGCUCCCACCGACUGUCAUCACAGCCCUGGGUCUCUUUAACAACAGUGCCUUCUCGGGUACCGAUAAUGUGAAUAAGACCAUGCCGACGGAUGAAAUCAACUAUGGCCGACAGUGGAAGAGCAGUGACAUUUUGCCGUUCUUGACGAACAUUGCCAUUGAGAGGCUGAGUUGCGAUAGCUAUGGAUACGACGAGGGCGAUUAUUACCGGGUGCUGGUGAACUCGAGCCCCCAACCCUUGGAAGAUUGUCGCGGUGGACCGGGAGAUAGUUGUAGUGCGACGAAGUUUGGGGAUUUCGUAAAAGGUUUGGGUGAGAGAUUUGGCGAUUUUGUGGGCGCUUGUGGUGCACCGAAGAACGAGAGUCAAGUUGUAACUAUCUAUAACUAA